AUGGAAGCUAGAGCCACUGAGGUUCUAGCUGCACUGAAAAACCCCAACCUCUCCAUCGAGGCGAAAACACAACAGCUCACAAAGCUCAAGUCGGAAAUAAAACAGAAAAAUGUACCUGAGGUCGCCAUUUCCACCGUGUUUGAGGCCGUCCGCUAUGCGCUUGCAUCACAACACUCGUCUCUUUCCGCAGGGGGGUUCUCUGCCUUAGGCCAUCUCCUCAAGCGACUUUCUCUCCAAGAUCUCCAUCAGGCUAUUGCAGCUCAAGGCCGCUCCACUUACCCACUACUCCUUGAGCGAUUAGGUGACCAUAAAGAACGGGUUCGCGCACAGGCUGCCCAAGCCUUCAGUGACUUUUGGCAAUCUGCCCCCGUUGAAGUUGAGCACCAUGUCCUGGAAAUUGCGUUGGUGGGGAAGAAUCCUCGAGCAAAAGAAACUAGUAUGACAUGGCUAGCGACUAUGACUCGUAACCGUGGGCUGCUCUUCCGGACAUACGUGCCAAGCCUUGUCGCCUGCCUCGAGGAUGCUGAUAGUGGAGUCAGGGAAACUGCAAAAGCGACCGUUAUCGAUUUAUUCCAAAAUGCCCCUCCUCGAGCACUAUCGGAUUUGAAGAAACAACUUCAAUCACAUAAUGUGAGAAAAUCGAUAACCAACUCAAUCCUGUCUAGCAUUGGCGUCGAUCAAGAUCUUUCCUCUUCCAUGCAAUCCCAGCCAAGAUCUGAUAUCUUGAGACCCGAGAGCAGUUUCUCAAGCCACCGAGAACCUCAACGUCCCAACUCUGUUCUAUCAACCCGAUCUAUUUCGAACGGCGAAGCAGCAAGUAAGGAAGCUAGCAUGGCAUCAGAUUCUAUCCAUGGUGAUCCCCCGAAACCUCCCCGAGGGGAUCCGCCGCGGAGAGAUGCAGUGUUAUCUCAUAGCGUCAGCGUCGAGUCUUUCCCCACUGUUGUUGGAAACGCCGAAAUUGUUGAAGUAGAAACUGUGGACCCGCUUUACCUCAAUUCUCAUCGAGAACUGGACGAAAUAUUUCGCGAAAUGCUGCCUUAUUUUGAAGGCAGGGAAUCGGAACAGAAUUGGAUCCUCCGUGAGAAAAGUAUUUUGAAAUUGCGACGGAUAACAAAGGGCAAUGCCCCAACUGAUUUCCAACAUAAUUAUUUGGUUGGUAUCAAAAGUGUACUUGACGGUAUUCUAAAAGCCGUCAAUUCGUUGCGGACUACACUCUCAGCGGCCGGUUGUAGCUUAAUUCAAGAUAUUGCCCGAGCAAAUGGCCCAGCCAUUGAUCCAAUGGUUGAAGUUCUCUUGCAGAAUAUGAUUAAGGUGUGCGCAAGUCUGAAAAAAAUUACCGCUCAAAACGGCAAUCUUACGGUGGAUGCUAUCAUCGGCAAUGUAUCCUACACGUCUAGAAUUGUGCAACAUCUUUGGCUUGCAUGUCAAGACAAAAAUGUUCAACCCAGGUUGUUUGUCACGGGUUGGAUACAAACUUUAAUCAUGAAGCACAGCGGGCAUAGAGGAUUGAUCGAACAUAGUGGGGGUGUUGAUGUCCUCGAGAAAUGUAUCAAAAAAGGACUGGGAGAUGCGAAUCCUGGAGUGAGAGAAAACAUGCGUUCAACUUUCUGGACUUUCGCGAGAAUGUGGGCUGAUAGAGCAGAAGGGAUCAUGUCCACAAUGGAUGCGAAGUCCAGGUCUCUUCUCGAAAGGGAUCCCGGAAAUCCAAAUCUUGAUGCUAAUUCCUUAAAUACCAACGGAAGACAGCGAACAGGCAUGGGGAAUAAUGGACCAGGUGGGGGCUCACGACUGACACUCAAGGAGACAAUCGCUGCUCAGAAAAAAGCUCGUUUGGCUGCAGCGAAAACAAUACCUGCUCGCCCGGAAUCUGCCCAGUCAUCAUUUCCAGAUUUGAAAUCAUCUAGAUCUUCCAUACACCGACAACCUGGAACAACCACUCGUACCGUUCCUACCGGGUCUCAUAUUUCGUCCCAAAAUACCUCUCUCUCCUCUGCACCAAUGCGGCCCUCAUCAAGACCCCGGCGGCCCGAGCUGAUGCGGCCUGCCACUGCCGACCCAUAUUCAUCUCGUAAUAGAUCUGUUCAUAGCUCAUCCCAGCAGAAAUUAUCAAGCCCCUCAGGAAGCCCCCAAAAACCUAGGAGUAAGACCACAACGUCAACUCCAGGAAGAAGCAAUCCAACGCCUCUCCGUCCUAAGUCGAGACUUGACACUAGUGCGCCUGUAAGCACUGCAAAACCAAAACCCAAGCGACUUGACAUUGCUGGGCUUAAACCUGGAGAAGCCCGUUUAAUGGCAGGUCCCGCUGGUAAACCAAAUUACGCAUCUUCUGUGGAUCCAAAACCGCUAGCUGCAAGCCCAGCUAGGUCAGAGGAAAAUCUACCUAUUGUUUUACUACAGGAUGACAAUAAGAAUACGGAAAUUAGUUCUACCAGCUUUGCUUCGGAUGCCGAAGUUUUUACUGAAAACAAAACCGAUCUUAUGACAGAACUCCCUACACCUGGAUCUUUGGUGAUGUCCCAUGGUACCCCUACAAGCCAUCGCCGUUUGAGCAGCAGUGACACCUCUGUUUCUCGCAUCCCAAUGUCACCACCUUUCCAACCAAAAGUCCAUUCAGAGGAAUGUUUGGCUGUGACGUCCAGCCCCAACAGAAACUGUUCCAACAAUAAUGAUAAUAUUGCGCCUAAGAAUGCUUCUGCUGGUCGAUUUUCUUUACCUAGCACUGAAGUUACCUAUUCCGGAGAAACCCUCAAGGUGUAUGAAGAUCCUCAGUCUCCAAAUGCGAAGGAAGAUGUUCCCCAUCCGGAACCACUUGGAAUCCCUCCGAGGUCUCCUAUUAAAGCCAAUCCGCUUGAAGAACUCCCAAUUAAUGAACCGGCGAACACGCCUAAUCGAAAAUACAAUGGUCAACAGGAGCCCUCAGGUUUCUCGCCUCCAACUAGCGUCGCUAUGCCUGCAAAUGAAAAUUUGCACCGGCGAUGGAAAAAAGUGGAGAUCUCAGAGAGGCGAAGAAGCCUAAGCCCUCGAUCCAAAGACCCAUCACGAGGGCGAGAUAUGAUUGAUAGGGGACUUAAUAAAAUUCGGACAGGGGCUAUCGAUGUGCAUGGAUACCGGAAGGUACAGAGUUUAAUCAAAUACCAUCAAUCAAUAUUUAAUGACGAAGCCAAGUAUGGUGAAACAUUAAUGGUGUUGUUAGACGCCCUCGAGGUGCCAGAUGCAGAUAAGAAAUCAGCAACCGGUCGACAACUGGAUCUGAAGACACAGGUAUUAGUGACUAUUCGUUUGUUGUUCUCGAUGAAUCGUGGCUAUUUUUCGAAGUACUAUGCCAGAGCCAUGACGGCAAUUAUUACGGCACGCAAACACUACGAACUUACCAACCAUAUCGUCAGCGGUCUCGAGGAAACGGCUGAGGAUAUCGUUCAAGCAUGUGAGCCUGCAGAUGUCAUCGAUGCAAUCUUGGGUCUUCUCGAGUUCGAAGAGAAGUCCCCUGACAGCCAUCGCAUGAUUGCCAUGGGUGGAUAUAUCCUCAGCGGGCUCCUACGCCGGCUUAACGAAAAGAACCUAUUCCUCAGUGAGCCGGAGUUGGAACGACUUGGCAACUUCGCAAAUCAGAGCCUCAAGGAUCCCCAACCAGACAUUCGCCGAGCUGUGAUGGAGUUCUGCCUGGAGCUUCACGAAAUGGUCAAGCCGGAAGAAGCCUUUUGGCGCAUGAUUAAGUCUGAAGAGCAUCGUCCGUUGCUGACAUAUUACAUCGUGAGAAAGCCUGGAAGAUGAUCUCGAAAUCAGAUACAGAUUUUUUUAAUUUGUUAACGGGACGAAACCCUUUUUUUUGGUUUCCUCUUGC